AUGAACUCAACAGCGCAGCAAGAUUACGUGGGCAUACUCUCUAUUGGGGAUAUGGGAGCGGGUAUCGCGAAGCUCCUCAAGGCUCAUGGAUUUGAUGUUGGCACAAGCGUACAUGGCAGAAGCCGAGCUACCAUUCGACGAGCUGAGGAAGCCAACGUGGAAGUCCUGUCGUCCGAUGUUGAAUUAUUAGAGAAAUCGUCGGUUAUCCUCUCAGUUGUACCUCCAAGAGAUGCGCUGGAAACGGCGCAGCGAGUAGUGGACGCCUUACACGAACUCGCCACCCGUGGUUCGCAGCGGUGUAGCCCCUUGUACUUCAUAGAUCUUAACGCUGUUGCACCAUCAACGGCUCAAGGGACAGCUGAGCUCUUCACCUCGGUUCAGCACAGCGCUCGCUUCAUUGACGGCUCAAUCCUGGGAGAACCCCCCGUCUUCGUCCCACCAAGCGACGUAGGGCUGCAGAGCAUCACACCUACGACGGCUAUGAGCGGUGUUGAUCCCAACCUUGGUCGUUGGGUACAGCCCCAAAUCCCUAUUUCCGGUCCUCAUCACAUCACUGAUCUGCCCUAUCACGGAGCGAGACUGUAUGCGGCGCUGAACAUGCGCUAUUUGGGCACCAACGUGGGAGCUGCCAGCGGACUCAAGAUGUGUUACACAACCAUGUUCAAGGGGUACAUCGCAGUCGCCGCACAAGGAUUUACCACAGCGGAACGACUCGGCCAGCUCGACUUUCUCAAAGAUGAGUUGCAGCUACGUCUCCCAGAUCACUUACGUCUAGCCGAGAGCGGCGUCGUUGUCACGCCCCUGAAAGCAUACCGCUGGGUAUUCGAGAUGGAGGAGAUAGCCCGAACUCAUGCCGAAGAGGGUGGGUUUGCCCUGGGCUUAUUCCAAGGAGCUGCAGGGGUGUUUCGUGAUAUCGCGGAAGACAGUGUCCUCGGUGAAGAAAAGAUUGGUAGUAGAGUCCGAGGUACUACCAUGGAAGACUUUGCUGCUACGCUUGCAAGGGAUUUAGAACACAGGGCAGCUUGUCACCAGGUCUCCCCGGGAAAUGAUGAGAAUCAUCUAUAG